CUCAGUAAAAAGCAUUUAAUCGUAUACGAGUCGUCGAGGCAUAAGGUUUGUGUAAAAUCGCCAAUAAGAUUACAAGAAAAUAUAUUUUCGCAUUAGUACGAGUAUAUGAAAUAGUAAAAACAGUACAAAAAGUCAACGAAGAAAGCAAACAAACGUAUUAAUUAAGUGCUGUCUGUGUAUGUGUCUCCGAAAGGUGAAUGAAAUUGAAGUGAUACGGUGAAGAUGAACUCAAUAUUCUUGCCGAGCUACUCACAACCGGUGUCGACACCGCAGACCAAAUCCGUACAGCUGGCACAUCAGCUUAUGGACAACGCCGCCAUGGCGGCACAAUUUAGUCGCCGCUUCGAACAACUAUUGCGCUCUGAGAAAUUCUAUGAUUGUGUUUUUCACAUUGCCGGCGCACAGUUAAAGUGUCACAAAUUGAUAUUGUCCACAGCGAGUCCAGUUUUCGAAGCCAUGUUUUAUGGACCGCUACGUGAACAAAAACAAGAAAUCGAAAUUUUGGAUAUUAGCGCCGAAACUUUUCAGAUGCUUUUAAAUUACAUAUACGCUGGCGUUAUAGAAUUUGAGGCGCUCACGCUAGAGGACGCCAUAGAACUAUAUUAUUGCGCUGAGAAAUAUUUAAUCAGCGAUUUGACCAAUAGUUGCCUGCUAGCGAUAGCGCGCAAGCUACGCUACAACAAUAUAUUACCAGCGCUGGAGCUUUGUGUCUGCAUGGAUUUGCGCGAUUUACUCGACGUUUGCAUGUCGUUCUUUACACGCUGCUGCAUCAACAAUCCACAAUACAUGACCUCACAUAAGAAUCACUAUGUGCAUGUAUCCAAGGAUUGCAUUAAGGCGAUCAUAGCGGCUAAUAAGAGUGAGAAGACCAACAAACAGUUGUUGUGGUUCGUUUAUGAGUGGUGUCAGCAGGAAUGUCAUGAAUUAGGUUUACAACAGGAGGAUUGUGCGUUAAUUAUAAAUGAUCUGCAAUUGCCGGUAAGCGGUGUUGAGUGUGCAGAUCAUGCGCUCAAGUCGUCACAACAGCAAAAACAACAAUGCUAUGCGAUUGAACGCAGCUAUUUCAAGGCAUGCCGUCCCUUUAUCGUCGAUCAGGACACACACGAAUGGACGUUGUAUGUAAAAUGCGAUCGAUUUAUUGCUUUGCGUGGUCUCGUUAUCUGUAGUCGCUUAACGCCAAAACUAUUACCGAUGGCGCAUCAUUAUACUUUUAACAUACCCAGCGAGUAUUGUGAAAAUUUACAAAUUGAGAUUAUAGCGCCUGCCAUAAAUGCUAACCAGCAGCAGCUAGAGCAGAGUAGCGGUAGUGAUGGUGAGAGUGAUGAAAGUGAUCAAGAGCCGAAUGCGGCGAAUGGCAGUGAGACUGUUCUAUGGCAGCACAAUGUUGCAAAACAGCUGACAAGAUACAAUUGUGAUAUGAAUAUUGAUUGGGGCGAUGGUUUGUUACUAACGCCUGACAUAGAAUAUAAAAUUCGACUGUUGUGGCGUACCGAUGCGCACGGCUCGGAAUAUCCUUGCAGUUUACAGUCGGAUUUCGUCGAUGGCAUAAGUUUUAGGGACGUGCCAACGCAAACAGGCAGUUUAGUGAAGGGCUUGCGUUUUACAAAUUUAGUUUAAGUAUGCUCAAGAACAUAUUUUAAUUUUAUUAUUUUAACACACGACUACUUAAUGUAUUUUAAAUCAUAAGAAAUUAAAUGAAAUAGUUGCAAAAUUCAAGUUUUUGAUUGACUGCCAUGAGUAGAUGGAACAUGAGUGGUUUUUUUUUUUUUUUUGAUUUUAACGAUAGGUCAAUAAACCAUACAAGUUCUGUAGACUGACUUCGUUUUUUCAAUAUCUCAUACAUUUGUAUAUUCUUUUGUAUCUACAUAUGUAUAUUCGGCGUUUGUUAACCUGUGAGAACAAACAUAUGUUUAUCCAUUUCUUUUUGGUUUAUUCAAAUUUGCCUCAUUAAACAGUAUUUAACCUCUUGUCUCCGCUAAAAACCUGUUAUAUGUAUGAUAGAGUGCGAGAUCGUUUUCCAUCAAUCAUGGAUAUGCAAAUUUUAUACAUAACUACAUAUGUACAUACAUAUAUGUAUAUAGCUAUGUGCCUACUUUCGCCGUAUUUAAAAAGCUGAUUUCUAACAUAAAAAUUUCCUAAUUUCUCCACUGAAUUUUUAAUUUUUAUCAGAAGUCAAUAUAUUUGCAUAUGUGUCUUUUAACUCUCAAUCAUGAGCCACUGGGGGCAUAUAAGUUAACAAAAGUUACAUAUGCACAUACUUAGCUCCAUUUAACUGGAUGUUUGUCUAAUUGUAGUACUAUCUAAUAAGUGAUGCUCUAUCGCAAAUUUGUGUUUUGGGCAUCGGACUUUACGUUACCCCUUGAAUAAUUAACUGUUAGAAUUAUAUAUGCUUGCGAAUAGCCACCGCGACGUAUACUUCAAAGGGUGUCACAAUUUUAAGGUUAGGUUAUACUUGAGGCAUCAAAAGCGCACUCGCUUGUAUAUACAUACAUAAGCAAAUAAUUCCAUAUACGCUACCCGUAGUACACGCCAAAUAAGAUAUUUUGUACUCGAAUUAACUACAAAUCAAAUUCUACGACUUCGUUCAUAGAUAAGUACAAUUUCUGAUUAUACGCCAACAUUAGUACAAAAAAAUAAAUGAAAACUUACCGCCUACACUUUAUAUAUGUACAUAUGUAAAUGGUUAAUAUUAAAAAAAAAAACAAUACAACGUUGCAAAUGAUAAACAAUCCAACAUAAAGAUGUAUAAACA